AUGGCUGGGAGCGACCCGACGGGGGUGAAACAAAACGCCUUCGUCGAGGCGAACGGAUACGCCCGAGAGGUGGUCGAACGCGGAUUUCGUUUGCGUCCGCGAACGAUCGGACUCUUCGCCGUGUUCGGCGUCUUCGUGCCGACGAUGAUCUACAGAGGAGCCGUGAUGGACUUCGACGCGAACGACGCGCGGUACGGACGUCCGAGGAAGAAGUUUUUGUGA